GCCAAAAAAAUCUCACUGCAUCUUUCUUCCCCAACAGAAAUUCCUAAAUCAACAACUGUAGCUCCAAAACAAAAACAAAUAAUCAAAAACCCUCAAAUUUCAUCUCUCUGUUUGAAGAAUCCGACGCCAUUUUUCCAUGGCGGUAGUGCUCGGCAACGUUUCACCGUUCCUAGACCUCUCCACCUCGCCGCCUCGGCCCAUAAUUCCCGACCGCCGCCUCCGCCCCUUCCCCUCCGACGCGCUCCUGAACCUCUUCAACAAAGACCUCCACCAGAACCCUAAUUUCCACGCGGCGUUCGAAUCGGUGUUCGAUAACCGGGAGAGGCACUCGAACAAGCGGAAAUCGAACCAGUCGAAGGUGAACGGAGUGGAGUACGACAAUUCCAGCGACGACGAGAACGGCGGCAGCGGGAGCGGGUUCGAGGAUGAGCUCGGAGAUGAAGCCGAUGAAUUCAACUGGGAGAAGGAGAUGAGGAAGAGAGUGAAAGAAAUUGAAGAAAUGAGGGAGUUGGAGAAGAAAGCCGAAGAAUUGCAGUACAAAGUCGAUCAGGAGUUCGGCGGCGAGCCCGAUGACGAAACUGAAGAACAGAAGCGCAUGAGGGUUAAGAAAGAACUAGAAAAGGUAGCAAAGGAGCAAGCAGAGCGAAGGAAAACCGCUCAAUUGAUGUUCGAUUUGGGGCAGAAAGCAUACGGUAGGGGUAUGUACGGACGCGCCAUUGAAUUUCUCGAAGGUGCACUCACAAUCAUUCCCAGGCCGACCUUGUUCGGCGGUGAGAUACAAAUAUGGCUGGCAAUGGCUUACGAGGCUAGCAAUCGACACGCGGACUGCAUUGAUCUUUAUAAGCAAUUGGAAAGGAAGCAUCCCAGCGUCAGUAUUCGAAGGCAAGCCUCGGAGCUGCGCUACAUUCUGCAAUCACCCAAGCUUAAGAUAUCGCAGGAAGAGAUGGUCACCAUCCCACUAAUAGGUUCCAGUUAUGAUAGUUACGCAGCUACUUGGACGGAUAAAAACAAGGACAAAGACGAAAGGAUGAGCGGCUCCACGACGAAUCAGCUGACAUCAUCAAAAGACUAUUUGGGGGAUUUUCUGGUGUGGAAACCGCCCGUCGGAAUGGAGAAGAAUCGAACAUUCUGGGUUUCUCUAACUUUGUGGAUGGGUCUCGUCGGAGCUGCUCUCUUACUGCAGAGAUGAAGCUCACAUUUGUACAGAUGUCAUUUUAGAGCUGGUAUUGUUAGUUUGCUGCAAUUCUAUUACAGUUUGGUGUCUCCAUAUAUGUAUGCAUGAUUGCUGUUGUACUUGUACCAUAUUUCCACUAAUGAAAUAUAUUUGUUGUCUAUUAAU